ACGCGCCUGCAUCAUGCCGCGCGCUACGGAUGGUGUUCCGCCAUUCGAUGGCUGCUGGACCACGGCGCGAACGUGGAAGCGGCGACGUACGAUUCCGGGUCAACGCCACUACACUUCGCCACCUGUGACGACCGAUGCGACGCAGCGGUCCUCCUGCUGGACGCCGGCGCUCGCGUCGAUGCGCGCGAUCAAAAUUCUUGUACAGCGCUCCAUCGAGCUGCCCGCGACAGCCGGAUCAAAAUGUGCAAACUCCUCCUCAGCCGCGGCGCGUCG